GAAGCCGCAGUCCAGCAGCGGUUUCUUGUCGUUACGUCACUGCGCGGUGAUCGUUGUCAACAUUGGACAAAAUAUACUAGCAAAAGUAGAAAUUACGCAUAGGCAUAUUCAUAGUUGUAUUUUAUUUUCAAAGUUUUUAAAUUAUUUUGCGCAAUGGAUACGAAUUACUCAAACGAUUCCUCUAGUAAUUAUUCUAGAAACGGUGUUUCAAACUACGAAGAAAUGAUUAACGAUCAAAACAUGAUUCAACCAUAUGCUUAUGAGCCGAUUGAAACAGACUCUAGCGACGAGCCUAUGGACGACGCCGACGAAGUUGCCGCUGCAUCAUAGAAUGAAUCCGCCAAACCGCGCAUUGACGUAGCGACGAAAAACCGCUGCUGGACGGCGGCUUCGCUUGCAAGUACACAAUGGCGAUCGAACAAGAGGCAAAAAUAAACACAUUUAAGGCAUUAUUUCUCGAGUUAAAUUUGAAUUGGAAACCUAGGAUUUCGCGAGAGAGACAACGACAACAUGUCAAAUGGCAACAAGGGGGGAAAAAUAUCACCGACGAAGAUUUGAAAAUGGUUACAAUUUAAAAACGCCUCAAGAUAAAAUAUUAACAGAUGGUGAAUUUAGAUUACAUGUUUGUAAUUGGGCUUUAGAUCAUUAUUUUGGUGGCACAAAUACAUCUGAUUUUCUUAAUGGGAAGUCACAUUUAUCAAAAAUCAAAUACUUUGAAGAAUGGAAUAAAGCUGUAAAAACCGAAACACAAGCAAACAGAGAUAGAAUACGUUCUAAGAAAAAUCAAUUGAAACAAUCAAGAGAGGAAAAAAAUUUAGAACAACAAAGAAAUAACAACGAUUUUUAUAAAUUACAAGGCAAAAUAGAGGAAAGAGAAAAACGACACCGUGAAGAAGUAACACAAGCUGCAAGAAGAGGUAGAAAUGAAGCUUCUCCUGAAAUUGAGAGACAAAAUCAACAAGAAAAUCAACAGUCUCGACAACAGCAACAAACUUUUACUACAACUAAUGAUGAUGACGAAGAACAACGACUUCAACAACAAGAGAUUAUAUAUAUUCCUAGUGAUAACGAAGAACAACAUAGCGAAGAAAAUCAAACAGAAGUACAACAACAAUUUAGAAAUGAUGAUUUUAUAACACAUUGUAGAAAUAAUGCACAUGAUAUUUCAUUUUUUUUAAAUCAUUUAGAAUAUUUUAAAAAAUGUAGAUUAAAGAAAGAAUUUAUUGAUGAUUGUUUCAAUCAUGAAAGUCAAGUUCAAGCCUUAAUAGCUAAAUUAAAAGCAACGAAUCGACAGCAAAACAAUAGAUUUCAACCAUAUUGAAAAUAAAAAUGUAAUUUAGAAAUAUGACUAUUAUAUACAGUUUUGUAAGAAGUUCAUUUUACAAAAAUGAUAUAUCACACUAUUUGUCUUUAAUAAUUCCAACUUCUA